AUGUCUUCAUCUGCCCGCUUCAAGGUUCAAAGGUUAAUUUUCAUGUUUAACAUGCAGACACAAAAGAGGCGUAACUGUGGGCGCAGCAAGCAUGGCCGUGGACAUGUCAAGUUUGUUCGUUGUACAAACUGUGCACGAUGUGUACCCAAGGACAAAGCUAUUAAGAAGUUUGUGAUUAGGAACAUUGUGGAGGCAGCUGCUGUCAGGGAUAUAGCUGAUGCUAGUGUUUAUGAAGGUAAUAUAACACUGAUGUUUUAAUACUUGCGGUGGGGCUCUUUCUUGGCUGCAGUAAUAAUGGUUGAAAAAGAAACAACAAACAAAGGCAAAAGAGGCUUUCAACUUAGCUGCAGAAAAGAAAUUUUCCAUGUUUGUGCAAAAAUUUAUUAUUUGUUUUUACUCUUCCCUCCUAGCAGGGCUGUCGGGAAAGCACUGCAAAACUUAUUUGUGAAGAUAUUUUGUUAUUAUUAGUCAGCUUUUUUCAGUUAAAUUUUUGCAGUAUAUUCCACAGAACACAAUUGCAUCCUCAAAAUAAUCACAGUGUGAACAUCUUCAUUGCAUGAACUAACAGGAGGUGGGUCUGGUUACUCUUGGGAUAGGGCUUAUCCAAGAAUUCUGGUGCAAAACACUACAUCUGCUGACAAAUUCUCCUAUCGGAUCUCUAUACAAUUCUUUAAAGAAACAGUGUAGAGGAUUUGGUCAAAGAUCAAAGUAUUUUCCUUUAGUGAUAAUUUACCCUUUAGGUCCCAAGAGUGACCAACAUCACUUUUCUCCUAAUGACGUCAGCAGAUCAUCAACAGUACAGGUUAUGAGAAUUACUAAAUUGAUUACCAAAGGGAGAAUGCUUUGAUCUUAAACCAAAUUUUCUCAACUAUUCUUAAAAGAAAUGUAUGGAGAUCUGUGUGGAGAAUUUGUAUGUGGAUCGUGGGGCUUAGACGGUCAAGUAAUUCUUGCAACCUUGGAUACUGUUAGGAGAAUAUUGGUAUUAGUCACUUGGGACAUUAAGAUACUUGUUUUGGCAGGUUAUCAUUAUUAUCGUAGAGAACAGUCUGUGUUUGCUUUCAGAUGACACUGGACAAUAACACCAUAAUGUGCAUUUUUGUAUUUAAUAUGUUUCAUUUAUUUCUAGUGUAUCCUCUUCCCAAACUGUAUGUGAAACUUCACUACUGUGUGAGCUGUGCAAUUCACUCCAAGGUCGUGAGGAAUCGCUCAAAGGAAAACAGAAAAAUCAGGGUCCCACCUCCAAGGUUCCCUCGCAGGGUAAGUCAAAAAGAAGUUCUUGUUUACAACUACUGUGGGUGAUACCAAGGCUGUCCUACCCCAAACAUUUUAAUCUUUUCUCACGAGUUGUGUUUUCAAGGCGGCUCCAGUUAGUUACUCCAGCUGCCUGAUAUUUAUCCUCAAAGGUUGGACACAUUUCGCACUUUUAAAUGCAGCUCAGUCAUCUACAUGUGUAUUUCUGACAGCUGUGUUAUUUGUUCACGAAUCAAAAUGUGAACUCAGUACACCAAGUGCAGAAAAAUGGUAAAUUCUCAAUACUAAAACAGAAUUAUUUGAAUCCCUGUUUUAUCCCACACAUGUGGCCGACCCAACUGAAAAUUGCAUCAAUCACUGGACUUUGCUACUGCUUUGUCACUACUAAAAACUGUUGUGGACCAAGAGAAUUAUUGGUUUCAUUCAGGGUGUGACAGUAUUGUUGUCCAAUAGUAAAGUGUGUUAUCAUUCCUUUUGAAAACCAUUCAGGUUCUCACUAGCAUGUGAGAAAACUGCUGUUUGUCCAUAGUACUUUACUGGAGCAGAAAGUCCAAUAAUAUGUGUAGUACACCCAUUAAUCUUGUACUUUUAAGUGAACUCCAAUCACUUUUAUUUGGCUGAAAGCCUAUCAGAAAUGGAAGAGAAUGUUUUGUGGGGAUCCCAGUGGCAUUUCCUGGUCUGGUUACAUUGCUGCACUUUUCACCUAAAAGUUGCAACAAACUGCCUAAGUAGACAGAAUGGGCUAGAGUACAAUAACGUAACAUCAUGCCAUUAGGCAGGCCGAGAUUCCUCCUGUCAUCUCACCCUGCCUUUGUUUCUCUCAUUCUGUUUUAAUUGCCAGCCUGACAACCCUCAGGGUCAGCGUCCAGGAGGAGUUGGUGGACCACGCCAAGCCGCUGCUGUAUAA